AGACUCGUGAUCAGAUAACUGGGUUGUUUUUUUGUUGUCAAUUUUGCGAUCUGACGGUGCUGGUGGCUAUCCAACGAAUCGACGGCCCUGCUGAAUUUGUCACAUCGCUUCUCUUCCCGCUGGCCGCUGCCGCUCCGGGGGACCUUAUCGCCGUCUCGCCCUCGCUCCUUCGACGCCCCCUAGCGCCAUGCACUCGCCGGCGCCGCUCCCGCCCACCAACACUCCGUCCCGGGCUCCUUGCCCCAGCCGGGCGCCUGCCGUUCCGGCUGCCCGCCGCCGCCGCCAGCGGCCGAAGCCGCCUUCCUCCCCGUCCGUUCCCGAUGCUGAGCAGCCGGACGCCCUCGCCCGCAUCCUCCGCACCGAGGCCGCCGUCUCGGGCGUCUCCCGAAAGGCCGCGGCCGCGCGGCAGCAGUCCACCCGCCUCUGGCCCCGCGCCGUCCUCGAGGCCCUCGACUCCGCCGUCGCCGCCUGCCGCUGGGAGUCCGCCCUCGAGAUCUUCGAGCUGCUGCGGAAGCAGCACUGGUACGAGCCGAGGUCGCAGACCUACGCGCGGCUGCUGAUGAUGCUCGGCAAGUGCCGGCAGCCCGGCCCAGCCACCGCCCUCUUCAAGGCGAUGCUCUCGGAGCGGCUCCGGCCGACGGUGGACGUGUACACGGCGCUCGUCGGCGCGUACGGCUACAGCGGCCUGCUGGAGGAGGCGCUGGCCACCGUCGACCAGAUGAAAGGUGCUGCUGAUUGCAAGCCGGAUGGGUACACGUUCUCUGUCCUCAUCGAUUGCUGCGCUAAGUCGCGUCGCUUUGAUCUGAUUCCUGCUGUUCUUGAUGAGAUGUCAUACCUGGGGCUUGAAUGCAAUUCUGUUAUUCACAAUGCGAUAAUUAAUGGGUAUGGUAAAGCUGGCUUGCUCGAGGAGAUGGAGAGUGCACUUUCCAAGAUGCUUGAGGGUGGGAACAAUGUGCCGGACAUUUACACAAUGAACUCUAUCAUCUGGGCUUAUGGGCACUAUGGAAGGACAGAUGAAAUGGAGAAGGGGUACAACGAGUUUGAGUUGAUGGGUGUUGAGCCAGAUACCAAGACAUUUAACAUCAUGAUCAAGUCCUAUGGUAAGGCUGGCAUGUAUGACAAGAUGAUGUCGACAUUCAAAUAUAUGAAGAAACGGUUCUUCUCUCCAACUGCGGUUACCUUCAACAUAGUAAUAGAAUGUUUUGGGCGUGCUGGCAACAUUAAAAAGAUGGAGUACUACUUCCGGCUUAUGAAAAUUCAGGGUGUGAAACCCAGCCCCAUCACUUACUGUUCGCUAGUUAAUGGGUACAGCAAAGCUGGACUUCUUGACAAGGUUCCGGGAAUUAUUCGGCAGACUGAGAACACUGAUGUUGUCUUGGAUACUCCAUUCUUCAACUGUGUGAUAAGCGCAUAUGCAAAAUCUGGAGAUAUCAAAAUAAUGGAAGAAAUGAUACAGCUUAUGAAGGACAAGAAAUGUAAGCCUGACAAUGUAACUUAUGCCACCAUGAUUCAGGCAUACAAUGCACAUGGGAUGGAUGAAGCUGCUAGGUUGUUAGAGAUGGAGGCUGAAAGAUUUGAUAAAAAGUUGCUGGGACCGGUUUCUGAGGUUGAUGGCAAAUAAUGCCUACAAUUCUUCCUUUGUGGGUUAGUGAUAAUCAAAGUUUAAAUAAACAUGAUUCUAUGCAAGAGGUGCUUUUGAGAAUAUAGCUUGAAAUCCAUAACAGGGUCUGACCAAAAGGGGUGCUGCCAAUUGGAUGCAGACGGCAAGGAAGCCAGAAAAUGCAGAACUCUUUCUAUAUCCUGGUCAGACAACUAGUUCCUCAGGCAGAUAAUCCAUCUAUUUGGGGCUCACAUUCAGUACUCGAAUAUGAUGGCCGUGCUCAUACAAGCAGAUUUCAGGAUCUGCCAUCGUGCUGGUGGCCUGAUCCUUCUCGACAUAUUGCUGUAUUGUACAGUUGUAACAGCUUCCAAGUAGGACUGAGGGAGGCCGGGAUCCUGAGAUGGGUAAACACCAUGGAUGACAGUGACAGCUCAUGAAUAAGUCGUGGGGGGAGCCGCGCACAUGUCACAUGAGUUGCGCUGCAGACUUGGUCGAAGUGUAAGGACCAAUUAGCUAGCUAUCCCUUCGUUUGCGGGGUUGACCAUCGUCAGUACGUCAAGGAUCUCAGUUUGGAGCAACCACUGGUGUCCUUCGUUACUGAACAUUUUGGUGCUGACGAACCGGUAAAACCCCGCUAGAUGUAAUAUUCGUGCAAUCUAGCGUGCUUUGAGACUGUAAAUGGAUGCAUUCUGUCUAGUUUCUUGAUCAGUUAUGUAUUCAGAUUUGGUUUUUACC